CGAUUAAAAAUCAGUGUUUGCUCGACGAGGAACUUUUCUCUGAUCACCUUUGUACAUUAGAGAAACCUCAAAUGGUAAACAGAGACACACUUACAAUGGCAAGCAAGAAACACAUCUCACGAGGAAAGAAAGGCAAGGAUAGUAAAUAUCACAGACACCAACACCAAAAAGAUCGAACAGGAAAAAGCAAAGAACAGGAAAGCCACAAUGGCGAAGACGACAAUCUCGGACUAGUUGUUUCGAACAGCCAACAAGGAACAAAGUUCUCAAUUUGGCUGUUUUUUAUGAGCUCGUUGGUAGCCAUCGGUGCUGUUUGCUAUCGAGUCUACGUCGUAAAAUACUCCUCCGUACAUGUGUUUGCUUUCAGAUCAACGAGUGAAUCAAAGACGUCUCUCUCGGAACUAUUUGAUAUUGCUUGUGAGCGAUCCCAUAAAGCCACAGAUAAUGUCUUCGCGUACUGCAAUCGCCAAUUCCUUGACAUCAAGGACGAGACCCGGACCAUCGUAGCAGCGAAACGAUUCCGGACCGGGCAGAAACUCCUACAAAUCCCGAGGAGCAUGCAGAUCACCACGAUCGACGCCCUCCGCCAUCCGAAGGUUCGAGAACUAUUGAUGACAAAUCCACGCCAUCCAAUAACCGGCAAACCCCUUCAUCCGAAGGCCUACCUUGCAGUGCACAUGGCUCUGGAAUUCUCAAGGCUCUCUGGUGAUGAAAUCAAAAGCAUGAACGAUGAUAGUACCACAUUUCGGUUAAAUCAAGUUCGGCGGGCCUAUCUGGACUAUCUUCCGAAACAUCAGGACUUUGCUAAGUUUCAUCCAUUGGUAUGGAACAACAAAUACAUGGCAGCCGAGAGAAUCGAUGAUGGUCCUGCAUCUUCCCUUACCGACCACUUAGUUCGCACAUGGCGAUGGUCGAUGGAGUCAGAAUACCGCGCCUUGUGUCGAGCCUCGCUACCCGGUGAGGAUAGCUUUGGAGCCCUUGUGUCGAUGGAAGAUUGGGUCGCAGCGCGCCUCGUUGUCAACACGAGGAGCUUUGACAGUGAUCCGGACAUUAGUGACAAAGAACUGGAGGCAUAUCGUCCCUUUUUUUACGAAGAAACAAUUCAUGGAAACAACGAUGGGGAAGACGAAGAGGACUCCUUUUUCGCCAGCUGCCGAAAUACGCUUAUGCGGAGCUGUAUGGUACCACUGCUGGAUGCUCUGGAUCACCACAAGGAACCUAAUGUUCAAUGGAAUUUUUUGGAGAAUGAUUCAGACGCUUCCAUAGCCCAAACAAAGCAGUCCUUUGUGGCAUAUGCCGCGAGAGACGUGGAUCUCGGGGCCCAGCUCCUGGAUUCUUACGGCUCUCAAUUUCCCGAUCCGACUCUUUUUGCGCAAUAUGGUUUUGUGAAUUCUGAUAGGUCCGGUAGCAGGGCCGCACUCCUAGCAGCCUAUCAUCGAAUUCUCGACACUGACUUCGAAGACACGACAGUGACUGACAUGAUUCGUGAGGACCUGCAACAAUACCUAGCAUUUCAAGACGGCUACCAAACGUGCUAUAAUGGCGAUGCUUCUAGAGUUACAAGGGGUGAACAAGAAAACGAAAAGGCAAGAUUGAGAUUCCAAGAGGUCAAGUUCAAGGCCUUGUCCGCAAAAUCCAACCUUUUGAGCUCCUGGAGCAUCUCGCUUCCCCCUCGACGAGAUGGUCGUCUACGACUCGAAGAAGAUGAUGGAUCUAUCUACAAAGGGAUCCAAAACGCUGUGUUUACUUGCCGAUUGCUGGCCAUGACGCAUCGCGAUUUCGGAGGCAAGGCGACAGAGAUGCUAGAGACGAUUGCAAGCGCAGAUCAUCCAGAACACUACCACAUCAACGUUUCGACCGAUGAAGCCACCCGUAACGGACUCGAAUUUCGAACUUGGCAUGUAAUGACCCGUCUAGCUGAAGCGAUGCGAUCAAGGAUACUCUUGUCCCUGGUAAAACUGGACACUCGAAAUGAAUCGAAAUACAACACCGAUUCCAUUGGGAGUGACAUGGACUGGGAGAUCGAGGUAGAAAUAUCUCGGAGAUUAGAAUCGGGUGCCAUUGGCGACACGGGUAGUCCAGAGUGGGCCAGGACUUUUGUGCUUUUGGGAGAACUGGAGGCCCUCUCGAUUCUUCGCGAGCACUCGGGACAUAUGAAAACGAUGUUUCUGGCCGAAAAACAAAAAUGGAGUAAGAKGGUGAAGACUACGACAAUUUCCAACGAGCAACUGAACGAAGAGGAUUUCUUCGUGCGUCAGCAUCCUUGCAAAUAGAAUCAAAAGAGAUUGACUAACUGUUGCCUCGGUCAAUAGCAGACAAAGUGUAAAUUAUUUUUAGUGAGUAAGAAUUUGUAUAAUUGUUACCUAUGUAUCAAAUUUCAGAUGAAAUGAUUAUGCCUUGAUCUUGAGACGAUCGACAUCCGAGGAUCUAUAAAAUAGGAGAAACUGGUAUAAGUUCUAAUUGCGUGCUGAAAUAGUCCAGUCUUGUCGAUUAAAAAAGUCGGUUUUGU